AUGGUCUGGGCGGAGGAGGGUGCCUGGGAAGCGCAGACUCUCCUGGGCGGGGCCUGGUGCGAGGUUUCCACCCCCCCGGGGGCUCCUAGGGCGGGGCUGAGGCCUGCGACUCCGGGGUCCCUAGCGCGUGAGCCGGGCGCUGCCAGGGCCCAGACCCCGCCGGGGCAGCCUGGCCGCUGCUGGGGUGUGCCUCAGGCCCCAGCUCCUGGAGGCAGGCGAUGGGGGGAGAAGCUGAGCUGGCCCCCAGGCAGGGAGUGUCUCGCCCUCCUGGCCGCAGAGCCCAGCUUGAGAGCGAGACGCCCGGGUUGCCUUGAGGCUACAAAGGCGAAGAGCCCGCCAGAUGUUAACAAGACUCAACAACUGGAGGAGCAGCUGACAGAGCAUCUGGGAAUGGUGAUCUAUAAAGCCCUGGACUGGGGGAUUGACAACCAUCUGGAGCGAGAGCUGAGUGAACCACUGGAGAAGCUGAUCUCCCUCCUCCUGAAAUUGAACACUGAGGCAACAAAACCAGCAAUCACUUUCCAGGAUGUCCUCAAGAUCUGUGAGGAGCAUUUGCCCAGGCCCUCUGAGGCUGCCAGCUAUUACAGAACAGUCUGCAGGGUUCUCUUUGCUGAGUACAUAGAUCUUCAGAAACUAAUGCUCACCCUACAGAGCUCCAAAGAGAGUCUAAGAAGAAUGGAUGUGGAGGACUUGCUGGAAAAUGACACUCAGAGGGAGAAGGAUAAUUACUGGCAGGCUAGCUUGUGGCACGAUGUCAUCAGGGAACUGCAGAAUGGUGUGAGGCUGCGCAAAGCCAUGGAGCGACCUCAACGUAGCGUUCCUCCCAAGGAAUAUGCCCGGUCUCCCUAUGAGCUCUUGGCAGAGGACAUCCGACGCAAGAGGUACACCCUCCGCAAGGUGAAGAUCAACAGUGAGCAAAACUGCAAGAGGUCUGAAGGCAACGCAGUCGCUUCACAGCCCCCUUUAAAGCCAGCCUCAGAGAGGAAGCUAAAAGAGAACUCCCCCAAAGCACCCAGUCUGCACGACCUGCUCAUGAUGGAAAUAAAACAGCCACAGAAGCUUCGGCCAUCUUCCACAGAGAAAAACAGGAGCAGGCACAAAGAUACCUUUGUGAUGCCAAUGUUUUCCUUGAAUUCCCCGUGUGGCAAUGUCUUAUCUGUCCAAAAUGCCAGUACAGGACUUACAAUUCACAAAGUUAAAAAACAGCUGCUGAUCCCUGACUUGCUGGUCCCAGAAUUUCAGGAAGCAGACGGGGCAUUGAAAUACAACUUGGGAGUCAUCUCACACAGAUCUGUACUGACAUCCAGCAGCACAGAUUGCUCUGCAGACUGCACAUUUACCCCCAAGAGCGUGCCCGUGCAAGGAGACUGUAAAACAAGCAGCUUUCCGAAUCGAAAUCAGCAACAGCCUUUCUGCCGAGGGAGGUUCGAGUCUUUAAGGAGUGCCCUUCAAAUCAAGGAAGAUGACUACCCCUCUCCUACAAGGCGGCCAUCACCAACCAUUGCUGAACUGAUUGGAACCAGAUAUGCCGUGAUGUCUGAAAUGGAGGGAUCCCGCCAAAGAGAUGGUUGUGCGAUAUCUUCAAGAGCCAGGGUCUGUUUCCAUUGCCAUAAGCAGAUGGUCUUUCUGUGGCCUUACAGGUGUCAUCUCUGUAGCAGUGUCAUCUGCUGUGAUUGUUGUGUCAAGAUGUCCAUGCCCUUCAGACCAUGUGUGCAUCUUCCGCUUAGCUUAAUAAAAGCACUGAGACUCUCCAAGGAGGAGGACUCAGCUACCCAAGAUCAGAAAUCCUCACAGUUGUUGUUUGAAGUAGAACAUUGGGAUUGUUCUAGAGUACCACUAGUGUUUGAACCCCAUUGCCUAGCACGGCCUCUUGCCUCUCAGAGGAAGACCAUGAUGGACUGGCCUUCUAUGGACAUCUGUACCACAUGUGAGCAAUACCUGUUACAUGUCCUCUCCAGCCAGCAGCAAUGCAUCCCUCCCAGGAAAAGAUCCAGGUCAUGGACUGAACUGGAAUGACUCCUUUCUCUAAACGUGUGUCCUGUCCUAUUGAUUCCUUUACAUUUUUGUGUUUUUUGCACCUGAAGUAAGAGUGCAAAAAUAACAGCUGUAUCUAUAUAUUAACAUAAAGGCCUGAAUAAAAGACCCCCUGCUGGAUACUCUUGGCUAGCCAGAAGACACAGCUGUUGUUUACUUAUAGUGAAAUAGUGUAAAACAUUGUGGCUCUUGGCAAUCUGCUUUUAAUUUAUUUUUUUAUAAAAUAAAUAAUAAAUAUUGAAGCACUGUCACGCCUCUAGCAUUUCAUCCUUCACCGCACUUGCGGUCACCUAUAAAGACAAUGAAAAUCUAAUAGUCACUGCCAAAGGGCAAUCCCCACCAUCUAAAUAGUGAAAUAGCACAGUAAGUGGGUGGGAGUGCUCACCCCGAAGCUCUGUUGCCUAGCAGGGGGAGAAUGGGUCUUCCCAUCAUGUGAUCACAGCACCAAACCCCUCAUGCUCACUCUGCCUUCACCUCUUUCCCCCCCCAAUAACUGGCUCAUUUAACAUCACCAGAAAUUAACUGCAGAUACUGAACAGGAUUCUAGCCCCGGCCAGCAGACAGAUUGCAGGGCUUGCAGCUUAAGUGGUAAGCAAGUCUGUCUUUGGUGCUUCCAGCUCUUCUGGAGGCUGUCAGUACUGGGCCAGCAAAGCUGCUCCCUCCGAGCUCUCAGUAACUGGCAACCUUCCAUCACCACCUGCAGUAGUUGCCCUCAGCCUGGUAUUCUGCUUUUAUUCUGGCCUUGAACUUUUUCAACUGUUCUGAAUUGAACCAUGAUGAUGCUUUGUGAUGCU